AUGGCGAACCCAGAAGCCGAACGUAAUGUUUUGGAGCAGCACUCGCUUUACGAGAAGGGUUCACCAGAAGUCCAGAAUACGAACGGAGGGAACCAAUCGUCAGUCUCAGAUGGCGAUGAGAGUGAGUACCCUACAGGCUUAAGGCUGAUGUUUGUGGUGGUUGCCUCGAUCGUUGCAAUCUUUCUUACCUCGUUGGAUUCCUCUCUUGGGGAUGUGGCUUGGUAUGGCUCGGCCUUCUUCCUGGCUACUGCUAGUUUCCAAACAGCAUGUAAGCUCCGUAUCUUUUUCUGGUCUUCGCCUCUGAUAGAAAUGACCAGGGGCCAAGGCGUAUGGGUUUUUCAGCCUGAAAAUUACGUUCCUGCUAGCCAUCUUUCUUUUCGAAGUUGGAAGUCUAAUAUGCGGCGUUGCACCAACCUCGGUGGCACUGAUAAUUGGCCGUGCGAUUGCAGGCGUGGGUGCCGCAGGUGUCAACACUGGUUCGUUCACCCUGGCUGCCUUCUGUGCACCCCUGCACCCCCCAAGAAAAGACCUAUCUUCACGGGUUUGAUCGGUCUCUCGUCCGGUGAGUUCUCCAAAUCUCUAUGUAGAAGUGAGCUGACUGAUGUAGGAAUUGCAUCCGUCGUGGGGCCACUCCUUGGUGGUGUCUUUACAGAAAAGGCCUCAUGGAGAUGGUGUUUCUAUAUCAACCUGCCCGUCGGCGCUGUGUCCGCGCUCUUCAUUAUCGUCUUUUUUCAAAUUCCGGCUGCCUCGAAAUCCCACGAUAAUGCUUCUUUAUGGUCUAAGUUCCUUCAGAUGGACCCCAUUGGAAUCUUUUUGAUGCUGGCCUGCGUCACCUGUUAUAUUCUCGCGAUGCAAUAUGGGGGUGAUAGUUAUGCCUGGAACAGCUCGGUUGUCAUUGGCUUAAUUGUCGGAUUCGUCCUAAUCCUAGCUGUUCUUUGUGGAUGGGAACUAUACAUGGGCGAGAUGGCGAUGUCUUGCCCUCGUUUGGUGAAGCGAUAUGCAGUGCCUUCGGCCGUGGGUUUCUUCUUUUUGGCUCAUACAUUGUGGUCAUCUAUUACCUGCCUAUCUACUUUCAAAGUAUUGACGGCGUGUCUGCUAUUGGUUCAGUGGCGUCUUUAUCUCCAUGACCGGCUAUCCUGCACCAUUCGUCAUCUCCGGAGCUGCAGUCGGCACGAUCGGAUGCGGUCUGUUUAUACAUUCGAUAUCGGUACCAGCACAGGGAAAUGGAUUGGAUAUCAAAUUCUAGCUGGCGUUGGCAACGGAUUCGGUGUCCAAGUCCCAAUAAUUAUGGCACAGGGAAACACAGAUGCACAUGAUAUGGGGGCCACAACUGCUAUUCUUAGCUUCCAAACUAUUGGGGGUGCCUUUAUGCAAUCCGGUGCCCAAGCCGCGUUCGCAAACCGGCUACUCACUGAACUCCCGAACGCCGCCCCGAACGUCGACCCUUCGGCUGUGGUAGCCACAGGAGCAACAGAGUUACAAAUCAUUUGGCCUCGAGCCUCCACGGAGUCCGUCUUGCGUAUAUGGACGGAAUUAAAGUGA